GGUGCAUGAAUUCAUCGUAAAACCUGAUUCUCUUGUUAGCAUCUGGUGUGGCUUAAUGACUUUGGCUUUCAGCCGUUGCCUGAUUAACGGAUAUCUGCUGAAACGUUACAAUUCGCUCAUAAAAGAUGUUCUUCACUUCAUCUGUAACAAUCCAGCGAAUCAUGUUGAGCGAAUCAAAUUCAGGUCAAAGGUGCUAAUAUUAAUAAGAAUCAUGCUGGUUAUUGUAUUCACGAAUCAAAUCAUUAUGCUGGUGCCCAGUGAACAGCGAGACAGGUGGUUCAGCUUCCCUUCGUUGAGCUUCGUGAUUGGACAUACAUUUGAGGUGAUUAUGUUCUUCGUGUACACAGCAACACUAUCGAUUAUCGGAGGAUUAAAAUACUGGAGUUGUGCCGCUACCGUGACUUCAGUGGUAAUGGGAUUGAAAGUUGAGUUGAUCAUUUUGGUUCAGCAAUACGAAGAGAUAUUGAAAAAUGUACAAACGAAAUACGAAGCGGGUCUGGGUAAUGGAUCGGAAUUUUGGAAUGAUCUCACAGCAGAUAUCUACAAAAUUUUCAAAAAACAUCAAGCAAUCACUGGAAACAUACAGUUGAUUAGGCCAUUACUUGAGGCCGGAUUUUUUGUUCUAUAUUACUGCUUUCUUCUAACGAUUGGAGCCCUUCUCUAUGUAGUUCUGGAAGGUGGAAUAUCAGCGUCUUCAUCUAUAAUUGCACUCGGAGGAAUCGGAGGACUGUUUGAGUGUUAUUGGUGGACUAGCAUGGUCGAUUCUAUGCAAGAAACAAAUGAACUAUUUGGAGACUGCAAUUUUCAACUAUUGGCCAACAUCGGAUACGAUCAACAACAUCGAGCGGAAAUCAAAGAACUGCAAAAAAGUCUAAUGAUAUUCUGGAUAACAACGUCUAACCCACCACCAAUCAAAUGUAUGGGAAUGGUUAGCAUUUCAAUUUUAUCCGUGGUGAAUUUGGUUAACAAUAGCUACUCAAUGCUGACUUUUCUUAUCGAAAUGGGUUCUAAAAGAAAUGUAUAG